AUCGAUUCGCCUCGACACGACCUUGGGGGGUUGACUCGACCCAGCUUCGUCAGCCUCCGCGGCGGAGACGGUGCCGCGAGGGCAGAGCAGCCGGUCACAAUGCCGGUCCUCUCCUCUUCCCAACAUGUGCCGAUAUACAGACAGACGAUAGCCUCGACGCCUCUCUCACAGCGAGCAGAGCGACAGAAUGGCAUUGUUGCUCCGCCUAUCGACAGGAGCUCGACCAAUUCCCCAGACAGAUGCAUGCUCCCCGUCACCAUGCCUGAGAUAUCUCGCUCAAAGUCACAGGAAGAGGCACAUGGCGCCGCACAGCCAGGCACCAGUCCGAGCUCUUCCAAAGCGGGCAAGGCCAUCUCAAGCCUGCUCGCCCAACCACGCUUGAAAAUCCAAGUCGAUCAGACACCGUUGUUCACCCAUCCUCCUGAAGACAGCUCAUGGCCGUCACACGACCCCAUCCUACGAGGUUCGAUCAUAUUGUUCCUGCCGAGGCCAAAGGCAAUAAGGUCCAUCACUGUCACGUUGACGGGUCAUGCCGAUCUAGCCCUCCGAGCGCGUCCCUACGAGUCUGUCAACAUCCUCGAAAAGAGCUUAGACAUCGCCAUCUGUAAAGAGGAUCAGCAGCUCAGCAAGGGCUACCACGCCUUCUCGUUCUCCUUCAUCGUACCUUCCUCCACGGCAGUCUAUGAGCGAUGUGUACACGGUCGCAUAUUUCACAGGAUAUCCGCAACGGCGAGAGGCGUCGGGCUUACCGGCACCAGUCUGUCAAACUAUGGCUAUCUGCACAUCAUCGCCAAUCCAGAGCCGACCCCGCAGGACAUGCCAACGCCCUGUCAGCUCAUCGUCAAUGACUUUGUAGAGGAUAUAGGGCCCUUUGUGCUUCGCGUCGAUUCACCCAAUCUGCUCGUCGGCGGCCUGUUACAGGUUCAGCUGAGGCUGCUGUCGCCGCCCGCGAGCGCUGCAGGCGCAGAUUGUCCCACGCCAGUCUAUUCCAUCUCUGCAUUCAUCGUCCAGCAUUGUGUCUUGCGCUCGCUGUCCGAUCCAGAGUACAUCGAGCGACCACCUUAUUCAAAAAUCCUGUUGUUCAGACGCGAAGGCGAAUCCAUGUCGCUCCCUUGCGACAACCCUCGCAAUGUCAAAACGGAACCCUUUGUCGUCAAAUCACCCUUGGCGUUCAUCGCGCCCGGCGACGAGUACAAAUUCUCCCAGACUGCCAGGCUGGGCGACGACAACACGAUCCGACCUAGCACGCUCAAAGGUACAGAGACGCCCAUCAGUUUCUCGCACAAGAUCGUCGUCGAGAUCGUGUACGACAAGCUGGAUGCCAAUGGCGAUGUGUUUGCUCGCAAAAAGGUCAAAGUCGAAAAGUCCCUGCCGCCCAUUGCGUCUUGCUGCUGCACGCUCGAAUCGGUCACUUUGCCCGUAUACGAAUGCGAAGACUCGUUGCCAGCUCAACGGGUCAUGGAAGAUCAGGUUCAGACUAUGCCUCGCACGGCUGGCCACUUUAUGACCUGUAACUGCGGCCUGCCCGCGAACGAGCUCAUCGAGCUGUAUGGCUUCGAAGGCGAAGUCAAUUUUAUGUCACCACUUAUUCCCGUCCGUGCAUCGCCAGUCGUAAGCGCAUCAUCCUCGCAGAAAGGGAUCGAAGUGUAAGCUUAUCCAUCACAACAACAUGUACACAUCGGUCUGUCUCCGCCAUUGGCGUCUUGCUCGUUGUUGUCUAUCAUAAAUCUACUUGUAUUUUCUGAAUUGC